UGGGUGUUGAAGGUUGUGCUUCUUAUUUGAAGUUCACAAAGCAACGUCUCAGUCCAUUGGCAGGUAGGCAGUUCAGCCACUUCCUGUCAACACGGAAAAUCAAGAUUGAGGCACUCAGACGCAACCAGGACAGAGAGACAGACAGAAAGAAAAGCUUCAGUUUCUGCAGAAAAAGAAGCCAGGAAGGAGAGUCAUGGACGCUCUGAGGUCAGGUGUGUUUCUGCUGUUUGUCCUGCUGCCUGUCUGCUAUGCGGAGACAUUCUUCACUCACCCGGUCAUCUGCUACUUCCUGGAUGGGUUUCUGACUCUUUACUGCCUCUUUGCCACCGCGCUGUUCUUCAGAGAAAAGUUUUCCGUCUUACCUUUGGAAGCUCAAGAGCCUGGAGUUGACGAAUGCAUUUAUCAGGAGCUUGAUAGAGCAAAGGAAACUGAUGCUUAUGAUGAGCUCGAAACAUCAAAAUGGAGAAAAAAAAAAGCUGUCAAGAAAGUCACAUCUGAGUCGACCGAGGUUGUGCCGGAACAAGACGCCUACCAGUCUCUGAUGGCCUCAGGUUCCUCUGCGUCCUAGAUCUAAAAUACUAGAUGAUUAAUCGACCCCAGAAAUAAAUCAACUAUUUUGAUGAUCAAUAAUCCUUUAAGUGGUAUAUCAAGAAAGAAAUUCCAAAUGAUUAUUUACAUUAAGCUUCUCAAAAAUGAGGAUUUUCCUUUAAAGACAUGUCAAUAUUGUCAAUAAACACUUGAAGGAAUAAAAAUGAGACUAAAAAUACAAAUUAAUCAAUAGUGAAUGUAGAGCAGAAAUACGCCUCACGUUAAGCAUAACGUUCAAUGACUUGCUAAUGCUAAAAAAUAUUGUGUAGCAUUUAUAUGUUCUGCUUGUAGCCUAGCAUGAUAGCAUGCUAACAUUUACCAGACAGCCCUACACCAAGUAUAGCAGAAGCAAAUUGGGAUAAUACAUCUUUAAUUUAACUUUAGACCUUAUAGUGGCAAGUUGAUUUAGCCGGUUAGCAUGCCAGCAUUUAUAAGUACUAAACACAAUGUAUAGCAGAAGCUGAUAGGUACAUGUUAAGAAGUCUUUAAUAUAACUUUAGACCUUAUUGCUAGGUUAUUUUAGCCCGUUAGCAUGCUAGCAUGUGAAAGUGCUAAACACAAAGUAUAGCAGAAGCUGAUAGGUACAUGUAAUGAAGUCUUUAAUAUAACUUUACACCUUAUUGCUAGGUUAUUUUACACCAUUAGCAUGCUAACAUCAAUUAUGCUUAACACAAAGUAUAGCAGUUCGCUGUUAGGGAUUCCAAGAACAAAAGGUCUUUAAUAUAACUUAACCUUAUUUGCAUACUAUAGCUUGUUAGCAUGACAAUGUAGGCCAAAGCAGAAGCUGAUAGGGAUGUUAGCAAGUCCUUUAUUUAACUUCAGACGUGCUUAUUUUGCGUAUUAGCAUGAUAAAAUGAAUUAGUGCUAAACACAAAGUACAGUAGAAGCUGAUAGGGUUGUACAUUCUGUUGCUUGUCUCACUUUAGACAUCAUUGGGCACAAAAUGAAAAUAGCAUGGCUUAGAAUUGGUGCUUCUGUAUACCAAGAUAUAACUUCAAUGCCAAUAAAAGACGAAGCACAUGUCAAAACA